UCUACUCUUUUUUGUGCACUACCUCUUCUUACCUUCUUUUACUACACAAUCAAGCUAAUCUUAACUAAAAUAGCUACGUAAGAAAUGGCUUCUUCAAUUAAGAUAGUUGCCUUAUCUUUUCUUGUGCUCUUUAUUGGUAGCACCUCUGCUCAGCUCUCCCCCAAUUUCUACUCUAAGUCAUGUCCUAAACUCUUUGGGACUGUUAAGUCUGUAGUUCGAUCUGCUGUGGCUAAGGAAUCUCGGAUGGGCGCCUCGCUUCUUCGAUUGUUCUUCCAUGAUUGCUUUGUCAAUGGGUGUGAUGGCUCGAUACUAUUGGAUGAUACCUCCUCUUUCAGAGGAGAAAAAUCAGCAGCUCCAAAUCUAAACUCAGCAAGAGGAUUUAACGUGAUUGAUGCCAUCAAAUCCAAAGUGGAGCAAGUUUGCCCUGGAGUUGUAUCUUGUGCUGAUAUUCUUGCCAUAACAGCUCGUGACUCUGUUGCUAUUCUUGGUGGUCCAAAUUGGAAUGUGAAGCUAGGCCGUCGAGAUUCCAAGACAGCAAACCAGGCUGCAGCCAACAAUGGAAUUCCACCUCCAAGUUCUAGCCUCAGCAGUCUGAUUUCGCGAUUUCAAGCUCAUGGUCUGUCAGCCAAGGAUAUGGUUGCUCUAUCUGGAGCACACACAAUAGGACAAGCACGGUGUAUUACAUUCAGAUCACAUGUAUACAACGAAACAAGCACAAUUGAUGCAUCAUUUGCAAGCACAAGACAAAGAAACUGUCCAAGAACAAAUGGACAAGGUGACAACAAUCUUGCACCUUUAGACUCUCAAACUCCUACAACUUUUGAUAACAAAUACUUUAAGGACCUUGUUAGUAAAAGAGGUCUACUACAUUCUGAUCAACAACUCUUUAACGGCGGAUCAACGGAUUCAAUUGUUCAAUCAUUCAGCAACAAUCCUGGAUACUUUAGAUCCGAUUUCGCUACCGCCAUGAUAAAGAUGGGUGAUAUUAGCCCUCUUACUGGCUCCCAAGGUGAAAUUAGGAAGAAUUGUAGGAGGGCUAAUUAAGUGAUUUACUAUAAAUGAUUUCAUCACUUAAUUAAGCUUUUAUAGAGGUAUCAUAUUAUUAUUCAUCAUAAGUGUGGUUAUGAAUUUUUUUGGUAGUAUAAUUGAGGGAAACAUAGCACAUCCUCUUCAAAGUGUGACAUAAAUUCUUGUUUCUAAGUGUGAAACUAUUUGCUCAAUAAAACCAAGCUAUUCUUAUUUUUUUCA